AUGAACAAGCUUGAUAGCUUUCAUAUGAUGAUAGUUUCGCAAUAUUUGACAUCAAUUGAAGAUUUCGUCAAUUUGGAAUUUUUUCACAACAAUCCAAUUCCACUCACAACAAAAACUAUUAAGUUUUUCGACAAUUUAGAAACACUUAACGUUUGGAAUAAACACGAAGAAACGUUUGGGAAUGAUCUUUUAAAUGAAAAGAAACCAAUUUCACAAGCGACAUUUAACUUUUUUAAAAUCAAUGUGUGGUUUGAAGUGGAUUACAAAAUGUACAAAACUUCAGAAAACGACAAAGUGUGUUACAAAAACAUAGUAUAUACAAUAAAUGAUGUUUUAACAUUUGGAGAAGAUAUUCCUCUUAAUGUCAAAAAGUUAGGAAUUGGCGCGUUUAAACAAACUGAACGCGUCGAGUUUAACAUUCCAAACAAUGUGAUAGCACUCGACGAACUAUGUUUUAAUGGCAUUGAUAAAUUAUCUCAAAUUACAUUUUCAAAGAAUUAG